AAGAGUAGAUAGGUUAAACUGCAAUUAACACAAAACACAGGCAUAACCAGGCGACCUGCUAUUAUAAAGGAGGUCGCGUGCCCUAAAUUUUGUCCCGCCUUUUGCUCUUAUUAUCUACUCGCCGUCGAUAUCUCUAUCUGCAGCGCUUCAAAGAAAUGAGGGGAAGAAGCUACAGUCCAACACCGCCCCCCCCUAGAGGAUACGGAAGACGUAUACGAAGCCCAAGUCCAAGAGGUCGCCAUGGUGGGCGUGUUAGAGACGGACCAACUAGUCUUUUAGUUCGCAAUCUUCGUCGUGAUUGUCGACCUGAAGAUCUGCGAAGGCCAUUCGGGCAGUUUGGGCCUCUUAAGGACAUUUACCUGCCAAGAGAUUAUUACACAGGUGAACCCAGGGGAUUUGGUUUCGUCCAGUACAUGGAACCUGAUGAUGCUGCGGAGGCCAAGUAUCAGAUGGAUGGUCAGAACUUUCUUGGUCGGCAGCUCACUGUUGUUUUUGCUGAGGAAAACAGGAAGAAGCCUACUGAAAUGAGGGCGCGGGAGCAUAGGGGAGGACGUAGCUAUGAGAGGAGACGAUCUCCUCGAUAUUCACGAUCUCCACCACCCAGGUAUGCAAGAUCCCGCAGCCGUGAUUACUACUCCCCUAAGAGAAGGGAAUAUUCCAGGUCUAUCUCUCCUGUGGGGAGGAGCCGGGAGCGAUCGUACUCGCGUUCUCCGGUGAGAGAGCGGUCCCCACCAUAUAACAAUGGGUCAAGGAGCCGUAGCCAGACGCCAGUUAGGGACCAUUCACCUCCAUACUCGAGGAGUGCCAGCAGAAGUCCUCCAGCUGGUGGUGGUAGGAGGGGUCACUCUUCCCCACACAACAAAAGCAGGAGCCCUAAUGGAGGAAGGGGAAGGAAUUAUGAUGCCGUCCCAGAGUAUGCAAGAGGACAAGAGAGGGAUGAGUCUCCCCGAAACUAAGUCUCUCAAGUUGCUUUCCUCCCCUCUGUUUAGAUUUUGUAGCCAUGGUCUUGCUGUCGUGCUUCUUAUGUUUGUCUCUUGUUGUCUGCUCCGAUACUUUGGUGAUGGAUAGAUAUAUGAUGAUUCCUUAUGCCAAGCUUAUGCUCGGCUAAUGAAAGUACUAGGAUUUCAUGUUUAUGAUGAUUCCUUAUGCUAAGACUCGACUAAUGAAACUUCUAGGAUUUCAUGAUUUUUCCUUGCCGGGGCAAGGAAGAAAGGAUUUCAUGAUUGAUACGUAGCACUACGUAUUAUUUACUACGGGGUAUUUAUUUAUUUAUUUAUUUAUUUA